GGGCGAGCGGCAGCCAUGAGCCUGGCGGUGGGCGCGGGGGGCCGCCUGCUCCGGGCCCUGCGGCGCGUGGCUGGGCAGCGUGCGGGCGGGUCGGGGCCGGGGUCGGGGCUGCUGCAGCGGCUGGCGCUCCGUAUCCGCACCGCGGGGCCCCUCUCGGUAGCCCAGUACAUGCGGGAGGCGCUUACCCACCCCGCGCAGGGUUACUACAUGCAUCAUGACAUGCUUGGAGAAAAGGGGGACUUUGUGACUUCACCUGAAAUAAGCCAGAUCUUUGGGGAGUUAAUAGGGAUAUGGUAUGUUAGUGAAUGGAUGGCCAUUGGCAAACCUAAAACUUUUCAACUUGUGGAAUUGGGCCCAGGUAGAGGCACUCUUACAGGUGAUAUUUUACGGGUCUUUCACCAGCUUGGCUCUUUACACAAUAAAUGUAAUGUUUCUAUUCAUCUGGUAGAAGUGAGCCCCAAAUUAAGUGAGAUCCAAGCACUGACCCUGACAGGGGAGAAAAUACAACCAGAAUCUGAUGAUACUUCCCCUGUCUACAUGAAAGGUACUAGUAAGACUGGAAUUCCAAUUUUCUGGUACAGAACCCUUCAAGAUGUGCCACAAGGUAACAGCUUUUAUUUAGCACAUGAAUUUUUUGAUGCUCUACCAAUACAUAAAUUCCAGAGAACAGAAAAAGGCUGGCGUGAAGUGUUGAUCGAUAUAGAUCCAGAAGUUCCAGAUAAGCUGCGGUUUGUUCUGGCACCAGCUGUCACCCCAGCUGCCAAAUAUUUUAUACAGGAUGAAGAACCAAGGGACCAUGUGGAAGUAUGUCCUGAUGCUGGUGUCCUCAUUCAGAAACUUGCUUGCCGCAUUGAAAAGGACGGAGGAGCUGCAUUGAUUGCUGAUUAUGGUCAUGAUGGAACCAAGACUGACACUUUCAGGGGUUUCCGCAAUCAUAAGCUUCACGAUGUUUUGAUAGCACCAGGUACUGCAGACUUGACGGCAGAUGUUGACUUCAGCUAUCUCCGAAGCAUGACCCAGGGAAGAGUAACCACCCUGGGGCCUAUAGCACAACAAGAAUUCUUAAAAAAUAUGGGCAUUGAUGUCCGGCUACAGGUACUGUUGCAGAAAUCACAUGAUGUGACAGUUCGUGAGCAGUUGAUUCGUGGCUACCAGAUGCUUACCGAUCCCAAGCAAAUGGGAGACCGUUUUUAUUUUUUUGCACUGCUGCCUCAUCAUAGACUUAAAAGUUCUGACAAGCAAGUGAAUCCAGGUCACGCAAAAUCUCCUGUCCCUGCACCUAUUGCUGGAUUUAGUGAACUGCUGUGGCAGUAAAUCCAAAAGUUCCUAUUCUUGAUAAAAUAGGAACGUUUUCCAUGCUAACCUAUUGAAAGAAUGAUAGUAAAAAGUCUGUCUUAUAUAUACAUACACACACACACACACACACACACACACACACACACACACACACAGAGGAUUAAGAAAAUAACUAUGGACUCUUCUUGCGAAAGUCACCGCCUUGCAUAAUUACAAAUGCUGUUAAGAUAUAUCCACAUAAGUCUGCCUUUGUGCUAAUCUGUAAACAUGAAAUCUCCCACUUUUCUGUCCUGCUUUCCCAGGCAGCUUUCUUGUUUAUUACCUCAGGUGUACCAGUACUUCCAUGAUGACUGCAGCCCUAAGAAAACUUAAAGGGUCAGACACAUGCCCCACCCCCACUUUCAUAAGUAUUUCCUGCCAGUCACAAGCAACUUUAUUUUCAGCCCUGCUAUUCACUGUUGUUACUGCGGCAUCCUGUAGCUUAAUCAGUUGGGAGGUAACUAGAGUGACCUGCCAGAAAUGGAGCAAGUUUUACACAAUAACAAACACACUAUAUAUACCCACUGGACAAAAAUGAAAAUGGGUUUCAGUGGAGUUUUACUCUUCAGAUUAAUUCUUGCUAGAAAGCUUAGAAAAGCACACUGUAAAAUUAAAGGUUACUAUUUCCUUUGGACAGUCCAGCAGCCAGCCAUGUUUUUUGGCAGCAGGCCAGAAUAGCCCAGCUCAUGUCCAGAGCAAGCCAGCACUGGACCUAGCCAUUGCCACUGCUUCCCCAUGCUGGCACAUCUAUGUGGAACACAGCACAGGUGAAUACCCUGCCACCUGGUUGCAACAUGGGCAACACCCCCUCUACAAACCACUCCUGAAGCUCCAGAUCUACAGGCCAGGUCUAAUGGCUCCAUGGGCCAGAUCCAGCCCAUAGGCUGUAGACUGCCAACCUCUCACCUACUGUACAGGUGAAAAAUGAGUGGUUGUAUACAACUACUUCUUUCUCUUCUGCUCCAUGGAAGAAGCAAGCUGACAGUACAGUCUGGGAACAGGAACAAGGAAUCUCUUCUUCCCAUUCUUAAUGCAGCUGCUCCAGAUAGGGAAGCACAAUUAUGGCCUGAAUUAAAGGGGAAAUAGUGAAGUAUAACAGGCUUCCUUUGUACAUCUAAUAAGUAUUUUAUGUUUUACCACUGCUUGUCACAUGCUGGGUUGCAUUCUCCCUUCAGUGUGCAUUGUUAUUGUUACAAUGAACAGGAAUUAUGUACAACCUGCAAUAAAGUAGGUAAAAUAGGUAAAA